UUCUAAUGAACUGGUUAAAUUUGGGGCUAAGAUUUGAACUGGGGAUAGUUUAUUGACAGGAAUGAGCACUAACUUGUCAUGGUUAAUGUUCGGUUUUGGUUAGGCUGCCCAAAUGAAUGGAGGUCAAUACAUAGUACAGCUGCGCGAGUCUGUAUGUGUUUGUGUGUGUCAGAGGGGGGUUCAUUUCAGUUGCUGUCCGGUGUUUAGCGAGAUAGCGGCUAGCCUAGCAGGCUGAGCUAUGACAGCGGCGGCUAACGAGAUGUACACAACCAGUGCUAUGUGCGGUGCAGAGGUACCUGGUAGCUAGUACACGUUUAUUUAAGGGGGAGAAAGAACCGUGUUACGGCUCUAAACGAGCCGCUAGAAGAAAAUGGCCGGAAUAAUUAAAAAGCAAAUCCUUAAACAUUUGUCAAGGUUCACCAAGAAUUUGUCCCCAGACAAGAUCAAUUUGAGUACGCUGAAGGGGGAGGGGCAGCUGUCCAACCUUGAACUCGAUGAAGAGGUUCUGCAGAACAUGCUUGACCUCCCUACCUGGCUGGCUGUCACUCGGGUCUACUGCAACAAAGCUGCCAUCAGGAUACAAUGGACAAAGUUAAAAACAAGCCCCAUCUGCUUGUUCUUGGAUAAGGUAGAGGUAGAGAUGAGGACAUGUGAAGAGCCACGUCCACCCAAUGGCCCCUCUCCUAUAGCUAUUACAGCAGGCCAGAGUGAGUAUGGCUUUGCUGAAAAAGUGGUGGAGGGCAUGUCAGUGAGGAUCAACUCUAUCACCAUCAAGGUGCAGGCUCGUGCCUUCCACGCCUCGUUUGAGCUUUGGCAGCUACAAGGCAACAGCCUCAACCCAAAAUGGCAGCGCAGUGACCUCCGCUACACUCGCGUCACUGACCCAAAGAGAGGAGAGGUUUUGACAUUUAAAGAAAUUAACUGGCAGAGUCUACGAAUUGAGGCAGAUGCCAUUGAGAGUGAUGACCAGGACCUUGGUAGCACCCCACUACGUCUCAUCACCAACCAAGGACGCAUUCGCAUUGCACUUAAACGCAGAAUAAAAGACUGUAACGUGUUGGCAUCGAAGCUACAUUUUAUUCUGGACGACCUGCUGUGGGUGCUGACGGACUCUCAACUCAAAGCUAUCAUUCAUUACGCCAAAUCCCUCAGUGAGGCCAUGGAAAAGUCUAACCAGCAGAGGAAGAGCAUGACUGCGGAAUCUCUGCAGACCGCUCCUCCAUCCCCCAGCCUCCACAGCCUGUGGUCGGAGCCUCCACCUGCUCCUUCUGGUACCCCCAACAACAUGAGUCAAUACUUUGACCUCUAUGAUGUCAAGGAGUCUUCUUAUCACACCUUCAUAUCUCGCUUGGACUUACACGUAUGCAACGAUAGUUCUUCAGUGGAUGAAGAUGAGCCUCCCCCUCCAGGCUCGCAGGGUGCGAUGCAACUCACUUUCAAAAAGCUGGGUUUUGACUACUAUCCAAUCCACAGACCUGCUGAUGGAUGUCGACACUGGGAGCGUCACAGUGGAGCCAUGGAGGCUCAGGCUCAGUGGGCUGGGAAACUGCUGCAGGAAUACCAAAGGAAAGUAGAGUCCUCUGGAUUCCCAGGGCCGCAUACUGAGGUGCCUCAGCCGACCAAGGACUCUCCUGCAAAGACGGUUCAAGAUGGACAGUCCAGUCCCAAGUUGAAUACUACUGACAAAGGGCAGGGAACCAGCAGGAACCAUAUGACAGUUCCAACAGGCUCAUCACUGAAGAGGCUGCGAUCUAGCUGCAUCGUGGUUAGGAUGGAUGAUGUGGACAUUCACCAGGUGUCUACGAGGGGUCGUCAGAAUAAGAAGACGCAGUCUUUGUUAUCCUGUAACCGUAAAGCUCUGCAUCUGCCAGACAGCAUACCAGCGGUUCAUCUGCAGUUCACUGAAUACUACUUUCCUGACAACCCGAGUCUCUCAGUGCCCACCUCCAACUUGUAUGCCCAGCUGAACAGCCUGCAGCUGUGUGUGGACCCGGCGAGUAUACUGUGGCUCAGUCUUUUUUCCAGGGGUUUACUGCACACACUGGACCAGGUCAAAGCUUUCUACCAUUUGCAGGACAGCAACAAGGCUGAGGAGCAUGUAGACAUCCGAAUGGAUGCAGCUCAGCUAAAGUUAAUAAUCCCGUUGGAUUCUUCCAUAUUGGAUCACCCUGAGCGUCCACAGUCCCUAUGCAUUACUGUUCCCCAGAUUGUUCUCAGCAACACUCGCCACUGCCCCCAUGGCUCUAGAGCUGACCUUAAUUCUAUCUAUGACAAGUUUGCCAGCUUCUCUUUCUUCCAGUCCACACCACCCUGUUCUUUCCCUCGAGAACAAAGUGCCUUCAACCCCAUUCCCUCAUCCUUCCUCCAUCACUCCCAAGAGACAGAACCCCAGCAUCUGGGCAGAAAGCAGUUACGAUCCCAGGAUGUCUGGUCACUCAGUCUGUCCCGCGUAACCCUAGGUUUUGAUGGAGCUCGACGAUUCCCCAAAGGCAAGACCCAGCCUUUUGUUGAGCCUUUUGCCAUGUCCGUGUGGAUGUGUCAGCCUACUGCCUUUCAAAAUGCUUCAUUGUCUUCCUCCUCCUGUCCAAGCGGAACCCAGAAGCCAUCUUCAGAACAGGAAGGUGGUUCACUUGCCUCAAUCCACUUCCUGGUUCACACCAUCACUCCACUGAAAUUGUGGCUCAACCAUUACCAAUAUGUUGCACUGUUGAGAAUGAAGGAUGCCAUGGCUCGGUUGGGGUCGGAGUUGGGCCGGGAUUUACAAGAUGUUAAACACACUCGUGGCCCAAAAACAAAACCUGCUACUGUUUGUGUUGCGUUUGUAAUGGACUCUGUAGAAUUAGGUCUCCUGUUGCCCCCAGUCAGCUCAGAGCCAGAGGAAGAGGUCCCGCACACACCAGAGACGGACAGUCCCAGCCUAACGGACUCUGACAUUUCCCCAUCUCAUCACUCUGUAGAUGUGGCCCUUGAGGACAGCGGGUUGGAAAACGGCAUCUCCUCUGUCAACACAACUGUCACUACAUUUGAUCAGGAUGAACAAGAUGGGGUGGUAGAGGAGGCAUGUGAGGCUGUGGAGGAGGGACUGGAGGGGGAUGGCCUUAAAGCUCAGGGGGACACUGCUGUCCUCUCACCCUCCAUGUCACCUGCACAGUCCCCUGUCCUCUCCCGUGAGCCGUCCACGUUCAGUCUGGAGGGAGAGCUGUCGAGCGCCAUUAACGUCACCAAGGACGUGACCAAAGAUGCCCUUAGUGCCUCGCUGGACCUGACAAAGGGGGCGUUUUCAAUAACAAAAGAUGCGUUUAGCAUUCUGAGUCGUGGCUCAGGGAUGAGCAAAUUGUUCAGUCCACAGGCAAAGGAACAGGUCCAACGCUCAGAGGAGUCCUCCCCCACGUUAGCCGCCAGCUUGCGCCACCAAUCCAUGAAGCAGUCGCCUUCUCAGCAUUCAUUUGAUAGUGCUAUCCUGGAAGGCAGCCUACCCGAUGAAAAUCUUUCUGUGGAUAGUGAUGUCAGCGACAGUUUUGUCGUUCUUAUGGACUCGGAGUCGGGUAUGGAGUCCAUGCAUCACAAACGCACUCCAGCUGGCAGCCGGGGAAGUCCAGCCCCAGGGACUGACGGAGGUUCAUCAGCUGACCUCAGCAGCUCCCUCUCCCAAAGCACUGAGGAUGUGUCUCAAGACAUGUCCUCAGUGUUGUUACUGUUGAUAAGUGGAACGGCCUUUACCAUGGAAGUAAAGGGAGAAGACCAAGUCGUAGCUGUGGAAGCCCAAAAUCUGAGGCCUGUGCAGCUGGGCACUGUCAGGGUGUCUGACCUGCUGGCUGGUCUCAUACAAGCUCCAGGUGGACCAGUCCAAAGGCAGGAUAGGUUGGGGAGCAGGGGCUCUCCGGUGCUGCGGCUGCGUGCAGAAAUGGGUCCCUCUGCAGCUCAGCAUUCUCUUAUGUCUGAGUCUUUGGGCUUUCUGGAUAUGAGAGUGCAAGACUGCCAGGCAGAGUUAUUAGCCUCCACUGUGGCUAGCAUUGGGCCUUUUCUUGAAGACGAGUUUAGUGUCGAUGGUCAGCCAAUGAAGUUACACAUGAGCAACGUCACCGUCACCAUGAAGGAUGACGGCCCUAGAAACUACCCUACAUCCCCGCAACCGGUCCCCUCCACAUUCAUUGUAGAUCAGCUUCUUCUUGAGCGCAGUGACGAUGGCAUCAUGAGGCUCAAAGCAGGUGCUCCUGUGGCUGCUCCGGAGAACAUUAACAGUCCCUGCACCUUUCACCAGCAGACUGAGAAACAUGAUCUGGAGUCGCAGCUUUCUGAUUCCCAGGCUGCCCUCACCCAGGCCCUCAGUGACAGAGAGCGCCUCCUUCUGGAAGUCAGGAAGUAUGACCCCCUGUUCACUCUCUGAGCUGCUGCCUUCACCUCUGAGGGACUGUGAUCAGAUCUAAUGUCAGGAAAUCACAAACACUGACAUAAAGCAUCUCUGGGUAUCAGGUAUGAAAAGAAAAGUUGGUGGUCACUUUCUUUUAUCAUGUUACUCAUAAGAUUACAGCAGAUAUCUUACAGGUACAGAAAGUGGAACUAACUUAUCGGUACAUUAUUGGUACUACUUUUUAACUGUACAGUGUCAGUAUUUCACACUGCUCUACUAAACACUAAUUAUUCUAAAAUAUUAUUUUUUGUCUGGACAGUGAACUCAUCGUGUGGUUUUCAGUGUUUGUCACAGCAUGCAAGGGUAAAAUAAAACAAUCAGUAAGCUUUAAUUCUCUCGUUUAUGUUAGUGUUUUGGAAGAGUUCAGUCAGUGGAAUGCCUAAACCUCUUAUUUACAGCACAUGCACUGACACUGCCAGACAGCUGCUAGUCCAUCGGCUCCUUCUAUGAAACACAUGUUACUGUAAAGCAUGCUUUGUGAACAGUGCUCAUUUACACACAGCACAUUGGCAGGUACUCUAAUGUUGACUUAACAUAGAAAUGUAGAACUCCUCUGUGUAAAAUAUUUUUUGUUUUUUAUUUAUUAUACUUUAUAAAAGUAUUAUUACAAAUAGUAUCAGCUGUUGUUGAAUUGUGAGUAAAAUGUGGGGUGGAAACUUGACUUAAAAAAACAAACAAACUGACAGAUGUGUCACAGUUUCUACCUUGAAUAUUUAAUCACCACACUUAUCAAGUUCUCAUUGUUCUGACAAAGCAGGUUGAAUCAUUCCUCAGUGUUAAGUUAUUCUCUAAGUUUUGAAAGGUCUUGAAAUGUCUUCUGAGGAUGAAUGUCCCCUCAAAGACAACGCGCCUUUUGUUCUGUACCUGCAGUGGUGGCAAGCAGGUACAUGGUAGCUAAAGUAUUGUUUUGUUUUUUUCUAUUGAAUUUUUUUAUUUCUAAAGGGGGAAUAUACCAGCAACCAACCAGAGAUAGGAUACUUGAUCUUAAAAGUAGUUUUUGUAGCUUGUGUGCAUAAAUUAUCUCUGCACACAUUGAUCAGGUUUAUUGAUCAGACAUAAUGAACACGUUGCUUUACUUCUGUAUAUUUUACUUUUUGUCAAUCCACGUUUUUCUGUGAGAUGAAAUUGACCGGUGUAUUGAAGCCAUAUCAAUCAAAGAACAUGAUAUUUUAAACACAGUAGUGCUACAGUACUGCUAAUGUACAUAUACACACUUAUAAAAUCUGUUAAAUCCUGAUCUGAUAAAGGUCAUCUGCUUGUUUAAAUUUCCCUGACUUUCCUUUCUGAUACAUUUAUUUAUGCAAGACUGUUUGACAGUUAAAUGUUCAUUUUUUGAAUUCUUUAUUUCAAACGUUUUUGCAACAAUGUGCAGUGGUUUGGUGGUUUUUCCCCUUUGUUUUCCUGGUUACAAAGCUGUUUCAUCUUCAUGUCACUGUUGUGAACAUGGGAGACCUCUGGUGGCUAUGACUUUCCACUGCUCAUUUAAAAUAUUUAAUUACAUUUUUUUGUUUUUUGAAAGCUAAGAAUGACAUCAUUCAUAAAGAGGAAUGUAAUAUAUUUAAGCAAUAGAGAGAUCACUUUGAUAGAACCAAAUAUGUGACAGAGAACAGUAACACUAUACAUACAUUUUUUUAUGUCUAAUUCCUAAGAUUACUGAUAAUGUAAGAAAACAGAUGUACUUGUGUUAGUGUUUCCUUCUCAACUGCACGUAGACUCAUCACAUUCUCAGUCGGUCAGUGUAAUAUGGCAGAAAUAUUCCCCUUCAACCUCAGUAUCGCUCGUAGUUGUGAUCAUCUUUUUUGGUGCUUUGUUUUUGCAUGGCCUUGGUAAACAAAGACGUGGUGGUACGCGACAUGUAGCUGUAAAAUUCUAGCGGUUUCACCCUCCUCAGUCAGGCCUCAGUGUGAAGUAGCAUAUUUGAUCUGCAGACAAGCUGGUGCUGAUAUCUGUUACAAGAGACUUCCUUUUGCACUCCAGGGUUUCCUUACUUUACCUUCUUACCCAGUGUGCCAUGAGAAAGGGAGCUGGACAGAGAGAGAAACAGGACUCACUUAAAAGUGUGUUGUUCUCUUUCUCUCCAAGUGCAUGUACUGAAGUGAUGAUAAAUAUGCCUUGUGGAUUACUUGCACAUGUGUGGUAAAUUCACUGGAAAUUGCACUCAUUUAAAUGUUAAUCAUUGCUAAGGAUUGCAAGAGUCCUUGAAAUCUAACUAAGUGGUGUCGAUGUUGAAGCUCAUGUAGACAGUAUUUUUUUGGUCGUUUGUGUAGAAUUACAUUGAAUUUUGUAUUGUCUUUAACACUCCAUUAAGACUAACAUAACAUUGGUUCUGUGAACCAAAGCUGGUACGUGGAGAACAUUUUAAAAGUGAAAUAAUAAACGAAUGGCUGAACACUU